AUGGCGGCGAUCUCCUCGGCGGCUUCCCCCGAGCCCGCCGCGCCUCCCGCUGAUCGGUCACCUCCACCUGCUGCAUCCACCGGCGCACCGCACCUUCCACGAGCUCGCGGCGCGGCUGGGGGCGCCCCUCAUGCACCGCAUUGUGUGGUGGCCAGCACGGCCGACGUCGCCAGGGAGCUCAUCCGCGACCACGACGCCACCAUCUCGGGGCGGCCGGUCUCGGUGCUGUCCCGGCUCUUCUCCUACGGCUCCGCCGGCUUCGCGUUCACGCCCAACAGCCGCCACUGGCGCUUCCUCAAGCGGCUGUGCGUGUCCGAGGUGCUGGGCCCGCGCACCGUCGAGCAGCUGCGGCACGUCCGGCGCGGCAGCCUGGCGGCGCUGCUGCGCGCCGUGCGGGCGUCGUCGGCGCGGGGUGAGGCGGUGGACGUCACCCGCGAACUCAUCCUCUUGUCCAACACCGCCAUCAUCCGGAUGGUGGCGAGCGACGUGCGCGUGACCGACGAGGCACAGGAGCUGGUGAAAGCGGUGACGGAGCUGCUCGUCGCCUUCAACCUGGAGGACUACGUCCCGCUGUGCCGCGGAUGGGACCUCCAGGGCCUCCGCAGGAAGGCCACCCGUGUCCACCGGCGGUUCGACGCCGUGUUGGAGCAGAUGAUCAGGCACAAGGAGGAGGCCAGGGACAGGGAGCGUGCCCGCGGCGGCGGCGGCAUGCAGGAGGAGAAGAAAGUAGAGGGGCCGCCGGCGACGUGCAAGCAGCGCAACAAGGACCUGUUGGACAAAAGUUUCAAAGUUAGAUGUACAAAAGUUUUAUAG